AUGAUCAAAACGAUCAAAAUCCUGUACGCAGUCCUGCUCGUGGUGUCGAUCUGCGUCGUCUUCACAAAUGCCGAUGGAAACUUAGAGGUGAUAUUUACGAUCUAAGGAAAAUGGAGAAACAUAAAAUUUCAGCUCUCUUUCGAGUUUUUCCCAAAUGAAGAAGAUUAUUCUGAUUUAUACGGCUACCUAUUUACCGCGCGUAUCAUCGCAACGAAGAAGGAUUCUCAAAAUCGCGAUGCAAUCGUCGGCUCUGCUCUAUGCUCGUAUGACCUUUUAACAGAUUUCUUUGUUUCUCAGUUUAAAUACAGUCCUUACAUGCUUUUCAGAUUUUGCAUGUCAAGUUAAAGGACGUCGUUCGAAAAAGCUCUGUAGAUGGUUCGCUCUUUAAUUGGUUAAUCGCACCAUUAGGGGCGGAGCUUGGGCGGCGACUUGACGUUGAAAAUCUGAACAGACCAUGUUCCAAAACCUGAAACAGGCCAAACAUCGUUUCGUUUUUCUACGAAGUUUUUCUUGCGAUAACUAUUUCAUUUCAAAUUAUAAACUUGCAAAUGAUUCCCAAUCUAAUAAACAUAUUUUGAAAGAUACAUGACAUGGGAAGAUAGCGGUAUCGAUGAUGUGGCGAAGAUGUAUUCGACACGUAAAUGUUCUUUCGAUGGGGUGAGUUUUUUCUUUCAUUGCUUUCCCUAAUUCCGUUCAAACUUUCAAGGAAAUGACCGAUGACGUUCACGUUCUGUUGAUCUUCUCGAAGAAUCACGAAAUGAAGAAUAGCUGGUAACUUGAUAUCUUCAUUCCUUCCCCAUUUGGUAGGCGAGAUAGGUAGAUCGACAGAGGUGGAGAGUUGCGUACGCGACGCAGCUUUUUGGCGGGAAGUGCGAAGAAAAAUGAAAAACUUGAAAUUUCAAAGUUUUUCGAUGCUUGCUUUUAAAGGCAUAGCGGUAGUAAAAAAUGGGGCUGAAGACAAAUAUUCCACUUUGUAGAGAUUUUUCUUGUCGAAUGAUGGACUUGGAAACGUACAGAACUUCCUAUUUUUGGAGAAGAAAUUAUUCAAAGUCGGAGAGAGGAAAGUUUGAGUUCCCGCAAGAAGGGCGCUUUGCAGUAAAGUCGCUCCAUGGACAACAGCCAUUUUUCGGAAUUCCGCUUUUUUUUUCGUUUCUUUUAGUUUUCAAUUUUUCUGUUCUCCCCAAAGUUCUUUUCGUCACAAAAGCUUUCUAUUUAUGAACUUUGAUCGCAAAAAUGCUUCCUUGGUGAAAAACGAUGAUUUUACACAGGUUUCGAUUGAGAUGGCGUUAUUUUGUGUUUUCUAUUUUAUCGGUGUGUUUUUUGUUUGACUAAACUUUUUUUUUCACAAAAGAAACCCUUAAUUUGAAGCAGAUAUCCGGUUAUUUCUCACAAAAUGCGAGUCUAAUGAGAUGUCCGCAACUUCGCGUGCACGGCUACUGUAAACAGUUGUCUGAGCGCCGAUCCGAAGCAUCUUUCAAAAUUAAAGGCGGGAGAGUAAAAUCGCGUUUUCUUCAAAAUUAGUCACAUCUGUAAUUUUUUUGAGUACACCAUUCGAUUCGCAAAGAAAAACUCUAUCAGAUACUGCUUUCACCUGAAACCCCGUUUUUUACUGCCCCUAUGCGUUUAAAAUCCAAUUGUGAAAACAACCGAAACAUUUUUGUCGUGAAAAGGUGUGAUGUCAUACUUGAAGAAGAUUUUCGCUUUUUCCCUCUUUAAGCGGCCGGCUCUCGCACAGGCUUUCUCUUCAAAUCGAGGGUUGUGCAUGACGCGAAACUUGAACCAACUACAACUGUCGAUUCUCAUCUGAUAAAUGGAAAAUAGGGCCGAGUCGCAUCCAAUAUACUACGGAUUCAAUCCCGCUGUCCACGUUAAAUACAUGACGGAAAAAUAUGGUCUGCGCGAUGGCAAACCGUUGUAUUCCCCUGUGAAGAUCAGGGUCGAGGGCAUGGGCAAGAUUUUCACGUGAGUUCUACGAGAAAAUUGGUAUCAAAUGCGUGCCGAACGUUUUCUCUGUUUUCUCGUUUUCACUGCAAGUGCCGCAGUCAUUUUUUUCUACUAUAGGGAACCCUUAUUUGUCCCUUAACCUAGAAAAAGUAUAUUCAAUGUUUCCAGACUUGAAAGGCGGGGGAGGCGGGACAAGGGGGCGGGACGCGUAGCGUGUGCGUACGCGGUUCUUGGCGCCAGUUCAUUUUAAUCGCCGCCGAAAAAUUGAAAAGCUCGGCAACCGCUUUUUUUCUGUGUUUUCUACUAUUUUUUGAUACAAACUUGAACAUAAUCAAUAAAUAAUUAAAAAAGGAGUUGAAAGAACGAUAAAUAAGCUCUCUGAAUGCUCGCUGGCGGUUGAAUUGAUGAACACGUGCCAAGAACCGCGUACGCACACGCUACGCGUCCCGCCUCUUGGCCCGCCUACCUCGCCUUCCAAGUCGGGAAACAUUGACUAUAACUUUUCCGCUUCAUGAAAAAUAAGUUAUAUCAAUCAAGCAUGCAGCAAUAUAGAUGUGAAAGCUAUUGAAAUCAAAGUUUUCCUUUUGAUCUGAUCGAAAAGCUUUGAAGGUGGGACCAGAACACGAGGGACUUGGAAGCCUUGAUGGCGGACCCAUCGAAGAGCAUCUACGACCACGGUCUCUACUUGGUCAAGCGUCAGAAAUCUGGCUUUUCUUUCGUCAACAUGUACUACGACCCCUACGAGGUCACGGGCUACCUCACCUAA